AGUCUGUAAAUGCGCAGAACAACCACAUUCACUCUUUACUUACACAAUCACGAUCGCAAUGGGUAAGAAACGAGUUGGCGCAUUGGAAAAGGUUGAUGCUGAUUUGGCCAACCUACAAUACAAAAUCCGACGAGAUCCAAAAUCAUAUACUGAGGAUUUCUUGAAUCAGUACGGACAAUAUCAAUCACAGCGUGACAUCUUCCUGGCCUCUCCCAGCACCGCAACCUCUACAGGCAUAGUCUCGUUCCGCGACCUCAUUGACUUCGUCGCCCACGUCGCAGAUUACUUUCCCGCAGAUACAGCUUCCUUCCCCUCCGACCUGAAGACCAUUCUCACACUCCAUCAUGCCGAACUCGAAUCAGAAUUGCGCGAAAAGAUAGUUGGGUCGCUGGUCCUGCUGCGGAGGAAAGAGGUGAUCGAUUCUGCAGAACUUCUCAAUACCCUCUUCCCAAUAUUGGUACAAACACCGAGUAAGACCCUACGGACGCUGUUAUUCCAGAAAAUCUUGAGCGAUUUGCGAACAAGCAAUUCGAAGAGUAUCAAUCACAAACUUAACAAGACCAUCCAAACGGCACUAUUCAACCUUCUCACCUCCGAUCGAGCAUCUGCGAAGGGAAUCUGGGCAGUCAAAAUCACAAGAGAAUUAUGGAAGCGUCAAAUAUGGACCGAUUCGAAAGCGGUGGAGAUUAUGAAGGAAGCCGCCUUGGCAGACAACGAAAAGGUCAUUGGUGGUGGAGUUCGGUUCUUCCUGGGUGGUGACAAAGAGCGAGAAGAGCUAGAAGACGAAAGCAGUGAUGAUGACGCUCCAGAUGUUGGCAAGAUGAAGCAUCAGAUUGGUAUCAAUAAGAAGUCCCGAAAAUCGAAACAGAAGCUCGAGGAAGCAGUCAAGAAAGUCAAGAAGACCGAGAAAAAGAAGCAGCAACCACAUCCUCUGAAUUUCUCAGCGCUCCAUUUAUUGCAUGACCCGCAAGGGUUCGCCGAAACUCUGUUCUCGAAACAUCUUCAAAAUUCGAAAUCAAAGCUCAAUCUGGAGCAGAAGUUGUUGGUCCUACAGCUGGUAUCGAGAUUGGUGGGAUUACACAAGUUGACUGUCAUUUCACUCUAUUCAUACUUCAUCAAAUACCUAACGCCAAGACAACCGUCCGUCACCUCCUUCCUCGCUUCUCUGGCUCAAGCGACGCAUAAUCUGGUCCCACCAGAUGCAUUGGAGCCUUUAGUCCAGAAGAUUGCGAAUGAAUUCGUUUCUGAAGCUUCAGCUGCUGAAGUUGCAUCUGCAGGAUUGAAUGCUAUUCGAGAGAUUUGCGUGAGACAACCACUAGCCAUGAACGAUACGCUACUCCAAGAUUUAGUCAUGUACAGGAAGAGCAAAGACAAAGGUACCAUGACGGCUGCCAAAGGUCUACUUUCACUAUACAGAGAAGUUGGUGCAGAUCUUCUCAAGAAGCGAGACAGAGGCAAAACCGCAACUAUGGGCAUCAAAGCAGGUUCAAUCAAGGAGCGAAGAUUCGGAGAGGAAGAAGUUGGUGGCAUCGAAGGUCUCGAAUUGCUUGAGCAAUGGAAAGCUGACGAGCGAAAACGGAAGCGCGUUGAGAAGGGUCUUCCUGAGGAGCUAGGCCCAGACGAAGUCGAUGAGGAUUCGGAAGAUGAAGAACAGAAAGGAUGGGAGAACUGGGAUGCUGAGAGUGAUGCUAGUGACGAUUCUGGUGGCUGGAUUAAUGUUGAUUCAGACGACGAGAUCAACAUCUCUGAUUCCGACGACGAUAAACCCGCAGCUAAGAAAGUCAAACUCGAUACCCUUGCUGGCGAUGAGGAGAAAGAGAAUACGGACAAGGAUCAAGUCUUAGAACAAAAGAUCUCGAAACUCGCAACGACGAAAAUCCUCACUCCUGCGGAUCUCGCUAAACUCCAAGAGCUACGCCUCGAAGCAUCACUUUCAAAGGCGGUCGGCAAGCCAUCAUCCAGAGCCGCCAAACUGAAGGCGCUGAUGGACAAGCAUGCUGAUGAUGGUCUCACCGCAGAGGAUAUCGAGCUCGCUGCCAAGCUAAGGAAGACUACAAAGGAAGAGAGAGUUGCCCUAGCGAGAGAAGGCAAGGGUGAGAGAGGCGAACAUAAAUCGACUCAAGCGCUGAGAAGAGCCAAGAAAGAUAGCGAGGGGAAGAGUACUACGAACAGGGAGAAGGCGAGGAAGAAGAACUUCUUGAUGACUCUUGGGAAGGCUAAAGGCAAGGGGAAGAGGAGUUUGAAGCAAGUUAGCGGGACAUUGAAGGCGCAUGUUGAGAGGAGUAAGAGAGGUGGGAAGAGAGGCAAUGUUGGUCAGUAGUGCGCUAGAGGUAUUGAUUGAGC